AUGAAGGCCCCAUCUACAGCACUACUGCGCGCAUUCUCCCCGCUAUCGACAUCAGAAGCUGUGCCUUGGAUGGCGAGAGGCUGUCUAGCGCAACAGCAGCCGCAGCAGGCCCAAUUCUCCACCACCGACCAAAGAAUGGCUAGGAAGAAGGGUGGUGGACCGAAGACGGAUAUGAGGAUCAAACUCGAACGCCAAUACAACAGCAUGGCCUCUGCCUGCGAAGCGCUGCGUCUCCUGGACUCCCACGGCUUGACGGCAGGCGAACGCGAGAAGCUAGGAGGAGGUAUGGAGGCGGAAGGGGGAGGGGAAGGGAGGGAUGUGGGGAGGUUGUAUCGCAUUGCGAUGAAGAAGGAUGAGGUGUGGAAGGGGGCGCCGAUAGAGUAUGCGCGGAUUCAGACGGAGACGCCGGGACGGGAGGGGUGGAAUAGUGGUUGGACGCGGUAG